AAUGCUGUGUCAAUCAGGAGCUCAGUAGAACAAUGGAAUCCCGUUCUGAGGUAGAAAAUUUGGAUGAAGAUGGUUAUACUCAAUUAGACUUCCACUCUCAAGGCAUCACUGGGAGACCUGUGAUCUUAAAGAAAGUAACUUGGGCUACAUCUCCUCGUUGGCGUCCCAUUGCUGUGACUUUGGGAAUCCUAUGCUUGUUAAUAUUGGUGAUAGCUGUGGUCCUGGGUACCAUGGCUAUUUGGAGAUCCAAUUCAGGGAGCAACCCAUUGAAGAAUGACAACUUUCCAUCAAGAAAUAAAGAGAACCACAGUCAACCCACACAAUCAUCUUUAGAAGACCGUGUGGCUCCUACCAAGGCUCCCACAACCACAGGCAAGGGCAGGAUUAAAAGACGAGUGGAACCCUUUAUCCAGGAAAGAGCUUUUUCCAGCUCUUGUCCUCCUAAUUGGAUCAUACAUAAGAACAGCUGUUAUCUAUUUAGCACAUCAUUAGCUUCCUGGAAUAGAAGUAAAAGACAAUGCUCUCAACUGCACUCUAACCUCCUGAAGAUAGACAGUGCAGAAGAACUGGAAUUUAUAGAAAGGCAAAUGUCUUCUCAACCCGAUAAUUCAUUCUGGAUAGGACUUUCUCGCCAGCAGACUGAAGGACCAUGGCUCUGGGAGGAUGGCUCAGUGUUCUCAUCUAACUUGUUUCAAAUCAGAAGCACAGAAGCCCAAGAAAACUCAUCUCACAAUUGUGUGUGGAUUCACCUGUCAAUAAUUUAUGACCAACUUUGUAGUAUGCCCUCAUACAGUAUUUGUGAGAAGACGUUGUCAAUAAAAUGAUGGAGAUGUUGGUGUGGAAGAGCAGAGAGAGAGAGACAGCCAGCAAGAGAGCGAAUACAGCAGGGGAGUGGGAGAGGAAGAAGCAGGCUCC